AUUCUGUCUUUAUCAGGCACAAGAUGUUGAUUUAACGAUCAAUGUAAGCUGUAGCGGAUUUGUGUACAUUUUUUGUAUUGUAUUGUAGCUGUAUAAUGUAGAGUAGAUAGGUGAACUGAAAAAGCAAAUCACUUGAAUUGUUUAUAUGGGUCCCCUCAUAAAUUUACAUUUCAUUCUGAUUCGGAUUUUAUACCACAACCGACAUUGUUGUUCGGACGGGACUACCGUGCAAGUUCGAAGUGUUCGUUGAUGCUGUGUUAACAGCAGAUAUUCAAUAACAUUCAUUCAAUUAGUGAAAAACGGGAAUUUUCAAUUAAUUUUUCAACUUCCGGUCACAUCAAAAUGAGGGACAUCGAUCAGAAAAUUGACAUAAAUGAUAUGAAUAAAUCACUUCAGUUAUUCGGUUGGGUGGACUAUAUUGUAUUUCUGUUGAUGUUGAUAGCUUGUGCCCUCGUCGGUGUGUAUUAUGGCUUUAUCGAAAGAAAAUUUAAAAAGAAAACAAUGUGUGGUGAAGGCAAUGGGUCAGAAGAUGUUGCCCAGGAGUAUUUAAUGGGUGGCAGACAAAUGGCUGUUAUACCAGUCUCUCUAUCAUUGGUAGCGAGUUGGAUUUCGGGCAUUUCUUUGCUUGGUUUGGCAACGGAAAUGUAUUUGUAUGGGACCUCAUACGCUUUCGUAUUGAUUACAUUGGUCAUUUCUGCCAUUUUCUUUGGGAUUAUUUAUUUGCCUGUGUUUUAUAACUUGCAAUUGACGAGCCUAAGUGAAUACCUAGAAAUGCGAUUCGACAAACGUAUGAGGAUUUUAGGUUCAAUUUUGUAUAUAAUUGGAGCGUUAGCAUACCUGCCUGUUGUAAUAUAUGUACCUGCGUUGGCAUUCAAUCAAGUGACUGGCGUCAACAUACACAUAGUCACCCCGUUCGUGUGUGUGAUUUGCAUAUUUUAUACUCUAGUUGGUGGAAUUAAAGCUGUCGUAUGCACAGAUUGCAUUCAAACGGUGGUGAUGAUUGGAUCGAUGCUGUUGAUAAUUGUUAAAGGUACCAUUGAUAUGGGCGGAUUCCAAACCGUAUGGUCGCGAAAUUUAGAAGGUGAACGAUUAGAUUUUCCAGAAUUAACAUUGGACUUAAAAGUUAGACACUCGGUGCUGUCGUUACUGGCCGGUGGAGUGCCUUAUUAUAUUACAACCUGCUUCAUUGGACAGUCUAUGACCCAACGGUAUCUGUCGUUGCCGACUUUGAGGAAAGCUAAUUACGCGCUGGUCAUUUUUGCUAUAGUGCUUGCUACCAUAAUGGCGAUAUGUUGUUACAGCGGGAUGCUUGUAUACGCUUUGUACCGUGGCUGUGAUCCUCUGAAAACAAAGUUGAUCAACGCGCCAGAUCAACUACUGCCCCUGCUUGUGAUGAAUUUACUUGGUAGUUUUCCAGGUUUGCCAGGUCUCUUCGUUGCUGGGAUUUUCAGCGCUUCGCUAAGUAGUCUAUCAACAUUUCUCAAUUCAAUGGCCGCUAUCGUGUUGGAGGACUUCUACAAACCAUUUGCUAGUCGGCCGCUUAGCGAAAAACAAACCAGCUACUUGAUGAGAAGCGUUGUUUUUUGUACGGGUGUUAUAGCGCUAGCUUUAGUUUUCGUUGUUGAAAAGCUGGGCACUGUGCUGCAAUUGUCGAUGAGUCUCACUGGAAUGGUCUCCGGUCCCACAUUUGGUAUGUUCACAAUGGGGUUGUUGUGUCCUUGGGUGCACAAGAGAGGAGCAUUUACAGGAGCUAUUGCGGGUAUAUUAUCAAUGAUAUGGGUAUUGGCUAACGCUCAAAGUGACAUUGCGACAGGAGAACUUACCUUUACAAAGAAACCAUUAACUACCGACGAAUGCGAAUAUGAUUUUACGAAUAUGCUAGCGAAUUCAACGACAUCAUCCAACGACACUAACAGUUCGUUCCAGAUCCAUCACAUUUCCUACUUAUUUUAUACGAUUUUUGGUGCCCUGAUAACAAUGACUGUGGGAAGUGCGGUCAGUUUGUUGUGUGAAGAAAAAAUUGAAUGUGACAUGGAUACGACGCUGUUUUCGCCAUUUGUCCGGAAAUUUAUCAAUUCAAAGAAAAUGUUAAGCAUACGACCUGAUGUGAAGGAGAAAAGUUGUGUCAUUCAUGCCUUCGAAACAAAUGACACUCAAUUUUGAAAAUAGAAAGC